GCCUGGUUUUGAUUCCCAACUGCGAAGAGAAAGAGGAAGGGAUGGAAGGGGGCACCUUCUCGGGCGUCGGCAAUGGAGCUCAAGUGGACAACAAAAUUCUCCAGACCUUCCAGAAGAGCUUCGUCCAGGUCCAGAGCAUCCUGGAUCAGAACAGGCUGUUGAUCAACGAGAUCAACCAGAACCAUGAGUCGAAGGUCCCCGACAACCUCAGCCGGAACGUUGGCCUGAUCCGAGAGCUCAACAGCAACAUCAGGAGGGUCGUCGACCUCUACGCCGACCUCUCGAGCUCGUUUUCCAAGUCCGUGGAGUCGUCGGAGGGAGACUCGGCCGGCACGCUUUGGUCCGACGGGAAGGCUGGGCAGAAGAGAACUAGGCCCGGGUAGAGGCAAAGGCAGGCGCAGAGACAAUGGCAGUAGGAUUGGACCUUGAUAGCUUGGUAGAGAAAUAAUAGGUGAUUUCUUCCAUUGUUGUAAUUCCUAUCUAACUCCCCUUUUUCUCUUUUCUCAUUGAAAUGGUGCUCUGUCUGCGUUCCAAACUAGUCUCAUCUUCUUCAGUUGUAGUGUUCUUGCAACUGUCCUAUGGGCAUACCUUUGUUUGGAAAUUCCCAUGAAAAUAGAGUGAGCAUUACAACUCGUCAUAUACAUUGUUGUUGAUUCUUAUGUAUCGGUAUUUAUUGUCAUAAAAGCCAAUAGCAUGUCCUGAGCUCUAUCUAUC